AUGACGCCCAUGGCACUAAUAACGGGAGUCCAAAAGGGCUUUAACGAAGAAGAACUAUUCAAAGCAAUAAAUAUGGAAAAUGAACUGGACAUACUCUUCGGUGAAGAAUGGGAGAAAGAAAUGAAACGGGUGGGAGGCAGAAACUGCCGAAACCCAUUUAAGGAAAACAUCAUAAUUACGGGGCCCACGGAAAUAAUUAAGACUAUACUGAAAAAGGGAUACUUAUACCUAGACCUCUCAAAGAGCUAUGUGGAAGAAUACAUCUCCGUAAUGCUCUGCUAUAAAUGCUGCAGAUAUGGCCACUCAGCUGAAAGAUGCAAUGACACCGACUAUACUUGUUACAAAUGCGCAGGAAAACACAGCGGAACAUCAUGCAGCAACACAGCGUACAAUUGCGGGAAUUGCCAACGACUCGGCCUACAGCUCAGGUCACACGAAGCCAGGGAUGUGAACUGUCCUGUCUACAAACGCAAGCUAGAAGACGCAAAGAACAGCAUCGUCUACUAA